ACUAAUCUAAAACAAUCCAAGACCACUUGUGGCGCAUGUUAGCGGAAAGAGUAAAAGUGGACAUGGUCACAUCGGUCUUGUGGAAAAGGCAAAGCGAGGCCUAAAAGCACUCUCGUUGAAAUUUCUCAAAGGGGAAGACGGAAGAGAAAAAGGAUUGAAGGCCACAAAAUAAUGCUCUGGAAUACCUCUUCUUAACAAACAACCAUUACAACGAAACAAGAAGAGAUUCAGAAGAUUUGAAAACAGAAUCCGGCACAGAAGAUAGGAGGAGAGCACAACUGAGAGAUGUCGUGUUCUUCGUCAUCCGGUUCGGAAGAGGAAGAUGAGGGGUUCGACGCUUACCGGAAAGGUGGAUACCACGCCGUCAGAGUGGGGGAUCAAUUCGCUGGUGGGCGUUACAUCGCUCAGAGGAAGCUUGGUUGGGGUCACUUCUCCACCGUUUGGCUCGCUUACGACACACGCUGCUCUAGGUUUGUUGCUCUGAAGAUCCAGAAAAGUGCAGCUGAAUUUGCCGAGGCUGCCGUCCAUGAGAUCGAGUUCUUGUCAGCAAUAGCUGAUGGUGAUCCUUCUAAUUGCAAGUGUGUUAUUCGAUUGAUUGACCACUUCAAGCAUACAGGCCCAAAUGGACAGCAUUGGUGUAUGGUUCUCGAGUUCCUUGGUGACAGUCUACUACGACUGAUCAGAUAUAAUCGCCAUAAAGGCCUUAAAUUGAAUAACGUGAGGGAGAUUUGCAGAUGGAUUCUGGUAGGCCUUGAUUACUUGCACAGAGAACUUCGCAUAAUCCAUACAGAUCUUAAACCUGAAAAUAUUGUCCUUGUAUCCACCAUAGAUCCCACCAAGGACCCAAUUCGGUCUGGGUUAUCCCCGAUACUCAAGAGGCCUGAGGGAAAUCCUAAUGGAACCCCUGUGGUCAAUAUGAUUGAAAGGAAGCUGAAAAGGAGGGCAAAGAGGGCAGUGGCUAAAAUUGCAGAAAGGAGGGCUUCAAUGGGGGGGCUUCCUGUUAAUCCAGUCCGUGAGAGGAACUUGGAUGUAAUUGAUUUUAAGUGCAAGAUUGUGGAUUUUGGAAAUGCAUGUUGGGUUGAUAAACAAUUUUCAGAAGAGAUUCAAACAAGACAGUAUAGAUCACCUGAGGUUAUCCUUGGAACUGGGUAUUCAUUCUCUGCUGAUAUGUGGUCUUUUGCUUGCAUUGCAUUUGAGCUUGCUACUGGCGACAUGCUGUUUGCUCCUAAGAGUGGUCAGGGGUUUAGUGAUGAUGAGGAUCACCUUGCUUUGAUGAUGGAGUUACUUGGGAAGAUACCUAGGAAGAUGGCCGUUGGAGGAUCUCGAUCUAAAGAUUUCUUUGACAGAUAUGGAGACCUGAAGAGGAUCCGGAGACUAAAACAUUGGCCCCUAGACCGAAUUCUAGUCGAUAGAUACAAAUUUCUUGAAUCUGAUGCUCGGGAAUUUGCUGAAUUUCUGUGUCCGUUGUUGGAUUUUACACCAGAGAAACGGCCAACUGCACAGCAGUGCCUGCAACACCCGUGGCUAAAUAUCAGAAAUACUAUCCCAAGUGAGGAAAAGAAAGAACAAAGUAGAGGAAAAUUGGAAGAGGAAAAGAAAGAAAAAACUGUAGGAAAGUUGGAAGUUGGGAUGAACAAAGUUCAGAUUAAGGUGGGCAAGUGAAGAAGGGAUUGAAGGUUUUGGCAUGGGGCAACCUUUCAAAAGUCCCUCUCUCCGCCUUAAUGGGUAUUGUUUGUGGUUUACUUUUUUGGGUUUGUAAAGUUUCAAUAAGAUUCAAUUUAUUUGAUUGAUUUAAAGGUGUAUAUUAAUGAAUGUUGUAAUGAGAAAGCGGCGUUGAAGAAAGACAGAAAUCCUACAUAUUACUGGACGGUCUGGCAGACAUGCUUGGUUGAAGAUGGCUAAACUCUAAGGAGUUGCGAGGGGGAAGUGACUAGUGAGAACUUGGCUGGGGAGAGUCGCACGUUAACUGUUUCAGUCGAUCGAUGCUAACAAUCUUCCAGGAAAUGCACGUUGUGCCACGUAAAAAAGCCAUGACUAUUCCCUUCUACUAGGAGCACCUUUUCACAAGCAGCACUUUACAUUGGAGGAGAAUCAUAAUUAUUAAUUAGGUGGUAGCACAGUUUUGCUUUAUCAAGUCAUGAUGACAGAUGCAAUUGUGCGUUCAGAUAACAAUGCUAGAGCUAUGUGAAUUUUAAGGGGAACUAUAUAUUAUUUUCUCGUGCUAUCUCUAUCUUUUUAAAGAGUUCAUUAGCCACCAGAAUUGGUAAAUUGUAGUAUUGUACUACUGUCAACGCAAAGACGGUGCAUCUCCUGGUUUGGUGUAUCAUGGACUUGAUGAGAUAAAUUUGUACGACCA